AUGGGAGAAGAUACCUCUACUCUGCCACCACCAUAUACGCCUGCACCCCCAGUACCCCGGGAGCCCUUGGACUGCUGGGCAUGUGCCGUGCUGAUCACUGCCCACAACCUGUUGGUGGGAGCCGCCAAUCUGGGGAUCUUCAUCGUGAUGUGCGGAGGAGCUCUGGUGCCAUCUGCUGUCAUGCUUCUCUAUGGGUUCCUGUGCCACCCGCGGUUCCGCAAGCCUAAAGAGACGCUGUGCCCGGCGAUGCUGACCCCGGCCGCCUGCGUGUCUCUGCUGGUCUUCGGGGUCCUGUUGGUCUUGCCCUUCCUGAUCCUUGGAUUGGCCGGUUACGCUCGGAUCGUACGCUGCUUCCAGCUCAGCUCCUGCUUCCUGCCCUACAGCCGCGCCAUGUAUCAGGGAACCCCACCCCAAAGACCCUCGGCCAACGAGAGCCCCAAGGAUGGCAAGGCCUGGGUAUGAGGAGGCCCGGGGCCACAGAGACUAUACCACACCACUGACCCCACCGUUUAUAAGGACGACCGCGCCGUACUGUGAUUACCUCAAGGACAUGAGCCUAGAGGUGGCCCUGACGGUGCAGAAACAUGGCUGCCACUGCUUGCUGGGACUAGUAGUUUCAUUAUGGCGGGUGGGGGGCUCCUCCGUUAUUUCUGGGGCAUCGUGAUGUAAUCUCAGGUUUUACAUAUCAUGUUAGAUAUCUUCAUUGUAAAUACAAACUGUUGCUGAACUACAACUCCCAGCAUGCAUGAGGCUUGUGGACGUCAUGCUGAGAGGUUUAGUUUCACAACAGCUAAGGGCACACAAUUACAUAUGUGAGGACUUAUGCACCAAUCACAGCUAGAGCUGC